AGCGGCCGCGGCGGUAGAGGCGGCGGAGACGGUUUCUCCAUCUUCCCCCCCUCCCCUUCCCCCCUUGGAGUUUCCCUCCCUCCCUCCCUCCCUCCUUCCCAGUCUGGGCACUGGGGCCUGUGACCGCUUCGUUAGCGGAGAGGAGGCUGCCAGUCCGCUUUGGCGGGCCUGUGCCCCGCGCGUUUCUCGGGGCCUCCGUGCUGAGCCUGAGGCUCAUGCUGAGAGGGACACGCAGUGAGAGCGGCCGAAGCAGCUUUGCGGUUUUGUAGUGCAUCCCUGAGCAUGAGUGCAGAAUGAAGCGACGUUUGGAUGACCAGGAGUCACCGGUGUAUGCGGCCCAGCAGCGUCGGAUCCCUGGUAGCACAGAGGCUUUUCCUCACCAGCACCGGGUGCUUGCCCCUGCCCCUCCUGUGUAUGAAGCGGUGUCUGAGACCAUGCAGUCAGCCACAGGAAUUCAGUACUCUGUGACACCCAGUUACCAGGUUUCAGCCGUUCCACAGAGCUCCGGCAGUCAUGGGCCCACCAUAGCAGCAGUUCAUAGCAGCCAUCAUCACCCAACAGCUGUGCAGCCCCAUGGAGGCCAGGUGGUCCAGAGUCAUGCUCAUCCAGCUCCACCAGUUGCACCAGUGCAGGGACAGCAGCAGUUUCAGAGGCUCAAGGUGGAGGAUGCACUAUCCUAUCUUGACCAAGUGAAGCUGCAAUUCGGUAGUCAGCCUCAGGUCUACAAUGAUUUCCUUGACAUCAUGAAGGAAUUUAAAUCUCAGAGCAUCGACACUCCAGGAGUGAUUAGUCGUGUGUCCCAGCUGUUCAAAGGCCACCCUGACUUGAUCAUGGGCUUCAAUACCUUCUUGCCCCCUGGCUACAAGAUUGAGGUGCAAACCAAUGACAUGGUGAAUGUGACAACUCCUGGCCAGGUUCAUCAGAUUCCAACCCAUGGCAUCCAGCCCCAGCCUCAACCACCACCCCAACAUCCUUCCCAGCCUUCAGCCCAGUCAGCCCCAGCUCCCGCCCAGCCAGCUCCUCAGCCCCCACCUGCCAAAGUCAGCAAGCCUUCUCAACUACAAGCACAUACUCCAGCCAGUCAGCAGACUCCCCCACUCCCACCAUAUGCAUCCCCACGUUCUCCACCUGUCCAGCCUCAUACACCAGUGACAAUCUCGUUGGGAACAGCCCCGCCCUUGCAGAACAAUCAACCUGUGGAGUUUAACCAUGCCAUCAACUAUGUCAAUAAGAUCAAGAACAGGUUCCAGGGCCAACCAGACAUCUACAAAGCGUUCCUGGAGAUUUUGCACACAUAUCAGAAAGAGCAGCGGAAUGCCAAGGAAGCUGGAGGAAACUACACUCCAGCAUUGACUGAGCAGGAGGUGUAUGCCCAGGUGGCUCGUCUUUUUAAAAAUCAGGAAGAUCUGUUGUCAGAGUUUGGACAGUUCCUACCAGAUGCCAACAGCUCUGUGCUUUUAAGUAAAACAACUGCUGAGAAGGUCGAUUCUGUGAGAAAUGACCAUGGAGGCACUGUGAAGAAACCUCAACUGAACAACAAGCCACAGAGGCCCAGCCAGAAUGGCUGCCAGAUCCGCAGGCACUCUGGAACGGGAGCCACCCCUCCAGUGAAGAAGAAACCCAAACUGCUCAGCCUCAAGGAUUCUUCUAUGGCAGAUGCCAGCAAACAUGGUGUAGGAACAGAAUCAUUAUUUUUUGAUAAGGUCCGAAAGGCUCUGCGGAGUGCAGAGGCCUAUGAAAAUUUCCUGCGCUGUCUUGUUAUCUUUAACCAGGAGGUGAUCUCUCGGGCGGAGCUUGUGCAGUUAGUCUCUCCGUUCCUGGGGAAAUUCCCAGAAUUGUUUAACUGGUUUAAAAACUUUCUGGGCUAUAAGGAGUCUGUACAUCUGGAAACCUUUCCAAAGGAACGAGCCACAGAGGGCAUUGCCAUGGAGAUAGAUUAUGCCUCUUGUAAACGGUUGGGCUCCAGCUAUCGAGCCCUGCCGAAGAGUUACCAGCAGCCCAAGUGUACAGGACGGACUCCUCUCUGUAAAGAGGUUUUAAAUGAUACCUGGGUUUCCUUCCCCUCCUGGUCUGAGGACUCCACCUUUGUUAGUUCCAAGAAAACUCAGUAUGAAGAACAUAUCUAUCGUUGUGAAGAUGAACGUUUUGAGCUUGAUGUAGUUUUAGAGACCAAUCUGGCAACAAUCCGGGUUCUGGAAGCAAUACAGAAGAAGCUUUCCCGCUUGUCUGCUGAGGAACAAGCCAAAUUUCGCUUGGACAACACCCUCGGGGGCACAUCAGAAGUCAUCCAUCGAAAAGCCCUCCAAAGGAUAUAUGCUGAUAAAGCAGCUGACAUCAUUGAUGGUCUGAGGAAGAACCCCUCCAUUGCCGUCCCAAUUGUCCUUAAAAGGUUGAAGAUGAAAGAGGAAGAAUGGCGAGAAGCUCAGAGAGGCUUUAACAAGGUGUGGAGAGAGCAAAAUGAGAAGUACUACUUGAAAUCUCUGGACCACCAGGGCAUCAACUUUAAACAAAAUGACACCAAGGUCCUGAGGUCUAAGAGCUUACUCAACGAGAUUGAGAGUAUCUAUGAUGAGAGGCAAGAGCAGGCUACGGAAGAAAAUGCUGGUGUACCUGUUGGCCCACACCUCUCACUUGCCUACGAAGACAAACAGAUUCUGGAAGAUGCUGCUGCUCUGAUUAUCCACCAUGUGAAGAGGCAGACAGGCAUUCAGAAGGAGGACAAAUAUAAAAUCAAGCAAAUCAUGCAUCAUUUUAUUCCAGAUCUGCUCUUUGCUCAGAGAGGUGAUCUCUCGGAUGUAGAGGAAGAGGAAGAAGAAGAGAUGGAUGUAGAUGAAGCCACAGGGGCGGCUAAGAAGCACAAUGGUGUUGGGGGCAGUCCCCCUAAGUCCAAGCUACUGUUCAGUAACACAGCAGCUCAGAAGUUAAGAGGGAUGGAUGAAGUAUACAACCUCUUCUAUGUUAAUAGUAACUGGUAUAUCUUUAUGCGACUGCACCAGAUACUCUGCUUGAGGCUGCUGCGGAUUUGUUCCCAAGCUGAACGGCAAAUUGAAGAAGAAAACCGAGAGAGAGAGUGGGAACGGGAAGUGUUGGGCAUAAAGCGAGACAAGAGUGACAGCCCCGCCAUCCAGCUACGUCUCAAAGAACCUAUGGACGUUGAUGUAGAAGAUUAUUACCCAGCUUUCCUGGAUAUGGUGCGGAGCCUGCUGGAUGGCAACAUAGACUCUUCACAAUAUGAAGAUUCGCUAAGAGAGAUGUUUACCAUUCAUGCCUACAUUGCCUUUACCAUGGACAAACUCAUCCAGAGCAUUGUCAGACAGCUGCAGCACAUCGUGAGUGAUGAGAUCUGUGUACAAGUGACUGACCUGUACCUGGCGGAAAACAAUAAUGGGGCCACUGGAGGCCAGCUGAACACGCAGACCUCAAGGAGCCUCCUGGAGUCAACAUAUCAGCGGAAGGCUGAGCAGCUCAUGUCAGAUGAGAAUUGCUUUAAGCUUAUGUUCAUUCAGAGCCAAGGCCAGGUUCAGCUGACCAUCGAGCUUUUGGACACGGAAGAGGAGAACUCGGAUGACCCUGUAGAAGCAGAGCGCUGGUCAGACUAUGUGGAGCGAUACAUGAAUUCUGAUACUACCUCUCCUGAGCUUCGUGAGCACCUGGCACGGAAACCAGUGUUUCUCCCACGGAAUCUGCGGCGGAUCCGGAAGUGUCAGCGUGGUCGAGAACAGCAGGAAAAGGAAGGGAAGGAAGGGAACAGCAAGAAGACCAUGGAGAAUGCGGAUAGCCUGGAUAAGCUGGAGUGUAGAUUCAAGCUGAAUUCCUAUAAGAUGGUGUAUGUGAUCAAGUCAGAGGACUACAUGUAUCGGAGGACCGCCUUACUCCGGGCUCAUCAGUCCCAUGAGCGGGUAAGCAAGCGGCUACAUCAGAGGUUCCAGGCCUGGGUAGAUAAAUGGACCAAGGAGCAUGUGCCCCGUGAAAUGGCAGCGGAGACCAGCAAGUGGCUCAUGGGUGAGGGGCUGGAGGGCCUGGUGCCCUGCACCACCACCUGUGACACAGAGACCCUGCACUUUGUGAGCAUUAACAAGUACCGUGUCAAAUACGGCACAGUGUUCAAAGCCCCUUAACUGCAGAGCCAGAGCAGAUAACUUGAGGGGUGUGUGUGUGUUGGAGGGGCACGUGUACUCGCACACACUGAAGAAACAAGGAAGAUGCCUUUCAAGCCUCACUGGGCCUCUCUGGGACAUGGCCACCUGAUCUGUGUGUGGCUGGUGCAACCUGGCACCAAGUGGGCUACAUAUAAGGAACGUGGAUACCUUACAAAGCCAGAGCUGGAACUUCUCCCAGGGGUUUUGGGCAUUACCCUGCCCUGGAGGGGAAGAAAUACAUGCAAGCACAGGGACAUGCAGCUUGCUUGCACACACCAGCAGAGCUAAGACUGCAGCCUUCUGGGACCUGACCUUCAGUGAGGGAACCGGAUGCUGUUCACACCUUGAUUGGAUGGGCGAGCAUUCACUGACAGACUGGGGAAGGACUCAAUGCUUAGAUGGAUUGUAACUCUGAUGGUCACUGCUCCUUUCCUCUUCCCCCCCAAAAAGGAAAAAAAAAACUGGAUUGGAUCUUUUUUUCCUGGUCACUUGAGCACAUCUAGAUCACCCAUUAGAUUUUCUCUGGGACCUGCAGUUUGGCUUUGGGAUUGAUCAUCUUGUGGAUUUGAUUCCUGACGAAUCCCUUGCUGCCCACCCGUUAUUCUCUCCUCUGGUUCUCAACCUCAACAAAUUCAAAUCAGUCAUCCUUUUUAGCUCCCGUGGAACUGUUUUGUACCUGCUUCUUUACUAGUCUACCCUAGUGCCAUCCACCAGCUUUACUCACACACAAACACACACACACAGUUUUAACUUGGUUUUUCUUUUUUUUUUUUUGUAAAUAAUGUACAUACUGUCAAUUUUUUAUUAAAAGAAAUAUGCUUUGAUGUGCUAGCAUAACUGCUCUAGCUUCUUGUGUACCAUAGUUCUAUGUGGCUUCAGAUUUAGUACCUAUGAACAGAUGUACAAGACAUUUAUUACACUUUUUACCAAAGGGAGUUACCGUUGUAGUACUUUUGUGUAAAACUUGUCUUCCCCUUGCCCCAACUUUUUUUUUUUUUUUUUUUUUU